AUGGGCGAAUUCUCAACCGAAGAGCGUGAUAUUUACAGCUCCAAAUAUCUAGUUGACUACUACGAUAUCGUCGCUCCUAGCUCGAAGUCUGUGGAUGACGAAUCAUUUUAUUGGGGCUGCUAUCAAGAGCUGAUGACACUUCGUCCUCCCACAUCUGAAGAUCCAUUCGUCGUACUAGAUCUCGGAACAGGAACAGGUCGUGUACUCCAUGGCCUUGCGGCCAGUGCCAAAGUAGUCGGUGUUGACUUUACCGAUACUGUACUUACGGGAGUCGAUACUGCAAAAGACAUGCUGAGAAAGGCAGAAGAAGUCACCAAAGAGCCUUUAAAGGGCCAUGUCACCUGGGUUCAUGGAUCUGCUCUUGACCUUGAAAGUAUCAUGCGCGAGCAGGAAAACCACAAAGUUGAUCUAUUGAUCUUCUCGAUUGGAUCAAUCAGCCAUCUUUCAGAGGACGAUCAGCCACAGGUGUUCCUGAACCAAAUCUCUAAGGUUCUUCGCAGGGACACUGGACGAGCUUAUAUCUCGAUCUACGAUGGAUCGGUAAUCCAGAAGAGAGGAAGUAUUACCUUUCAUCAACCAGAAGGAGUCACUGAAGUCCCGAGCAUGGUGUAUCCAGGCAUAAUUUACCGGGAAUACAAUCACCGAGGAGAAUUAAGGGACAAGAUUAAAUACAUCAAAUUUGACCUGGACGUGGUGGAGCGCACUGAUGGUGAAGAUCGGGAGGUAGAGAAAAACCGCAUAUCUAUGAAGAUGCGUCAAUGGGAUGAAGACGAAAUUGUGUCCAUCUCAAAUGGCAGCGGGGUGAAAUUUUCUGGGAGUUCCCGCGGAAAGCAUGAGACAUUCUAUGCUUUCCAGGUUGCUGCGUAG